AAAUAUCACAUUGUCAUGACUUUUACCGUCUUCAUGGCUACGGGUACUACGACCCAGUACUGCAGGCAUCACAAAAUGCUUCUCAACACCACUAACAACAAUAACUUUUUAAAAAAAUUAUUCACUAAUUUUUUAAUGGUUUUAUGAUUUUCUAAUGGUUAAUCACAAAAAACGUAGGUAGGAACCCAUUUCUUCGGCUGUUAGGGGGAACAUUUUAAUGUACUUUACACCAGAUUUUGAAUGCUUUGUGAACCAUUGGCAAUAAUGGAGGAGAUUAGUAUUAACUCCGCGGAUAUGGAAAGCAACAAUGAUUAACUCGGGCCUACACUUUGUCCUGUGCGUGUCUGUGACUGAGCGCAGUGGGCUGGUAGUUGUGCUGUUUGUUGGGAGACACAGCUCUGGAUUACUGCCGGAGUAUCGGGUGAGUUAAGCAAUAAAUGUAGGUGUUGAAGACAAGACAAAGCAACACAGAUAUGCAGUCAGAUCAAAACAUAAGUGUGUGUGUGUGUUUUUAGUUGCUCUGCAAUGUUUGUGUUUGGUCUCUUUGCACAGGACAUGAGUUCGAGUACUUCAUCCUCCCUAAGGAUUGGAGUUGUUGGAUAUGGGCACUUAGGCCAGUAUCUGGUCCAGAGGAUCCUGAACGAGGGAGCUGUUCUCGGAUUAACUCUGGCAUUCGUUUGGAACAGAAAUUCAGACAAGUUGAAAGGUUUAGUCCCUGAUGAUCUCAUACUCUGUGACCUGUCAUCCUUUGCAGACAGGUGCUGUGAUGUCAUCGUUGAGGUGUGUCAUCCUCAGAUGGUGAAGGACUUUGGGUGUCACUUUCUGUCUCAGUCUCAUUUCAUGGUGGGAUCUCCUUCCGCCCUCUCUGAUCCUGACCUCAACCAGCAGUUGCGUCAGGCUGCUCAGCAGUAUGGUCGGACGCUCUACAUCCCCAGUGGUGCAUUAUGGGGAGGCCAGGACAUCCAGAGGCUCAAUGAUAGUGGAGGCUUGAAGGCUUUGUUUAUAAGAAUGGCCAAGCAUCCAUCCUGCUUCCGGCUGCCAGGAGACGUUCUCAGUGACUGGUCAGAAGGAGAGGGUAGGCGUGUUAUACUCAGAGGUUCUGUGGCAGAAUUGUGUCCUUUGGCACCGAACAACAUUAACACUAUGGCAGCAGCAGCAAUAGCAGCAGGGACACUCGGCUUCUCUGGUGUUCAGGGAGAGAUCGUGUCCGAUACAAGGUUAAGAGACUACCAUGUGGUAGAGGUGGAGGUGACAGGACCCGAUGGCUUUUCUGUGCACACAGUAAGGCGGAAUCCAGCCAAACUCGGAGCUGUAACUGGAAUCGCCACAUAUGGCUCCUUCUGGAAUAGUUUACUAGUUUGCAAAGGUCAUGGGGCCAGAAUAUACUUGUGUUGACACCGAUGAACCCUGCAAGAGACUUGCAUCCUCACGUCCUGUGACUGGUGGGAUAGGCUCCACCCCGUGACCUUUGAUUGGAGUAAGCUGGUAUAGGAAAUGAAUGAAUUACAUAGGUGAUGUUAAACUACACCACCAGACGAGGACAAAUCAGUUGUGGUUUUGUAGAUCAGUAUGCUACCGACACCAAAUAAAGACGUUUUUUCUCAAUAAACCCUCAUUAAACAGAAGAUGAGCCAGUUAUCUGUUACCACAUUCAGGUAUCCAUAUUAAACUUUAUUACAAGUUCAUCUGGUGCAAAGAUUCAAACAGUUGAAAUGUUACACAGGGUGCACCAAGUUCACAUUUUAAAACCUUUUUCCCCCUCCAUAACAUCAGACCUACUUUACCUCCUUCCCCCCAUUCACCUGAAAACAUAUCAGUCCCAUCUCCAUUCAUCUUUCUCAUUUCUUUCACAAAUAAAUACUUGCAGUAACAGGCAGUCCCAGGAACAAUCAUCCCCAAACGGGAGGGUCACAUCUUCUCAGAAUUUGCCACAAAGGCGGCGAUACAGUAAGGCGCAGAAAUAACUCAGAGGAAAUGCCACUUUUAUCAACGCUGGAGAACAAAGUGCUUUUAAUGUAUUUUCUGGCUGGUUCUGUAGGUUCUACAUUUUUAUUUUUACUCUGAUGAAUUUUAUGGUAAAGAAGGCAUUUGAAAUAAAACAUCUUAAAGUUAAAACACCACCAGCUUUGCACUGGUGGGACAGUUCAGCUCAUCACCUCACAGCUUGAUUGAUCUUAUUUUGUAAAAUUUAAUGCACAAAGUAUAUGCAU